AUGAAUAAUUUUCUACUAUUUACUAUCUUGUAUACUACGAGUGCCGAAAUAGUUAUUAGUAAUCAAAACUCUCCAAAUAUUUUUGAUGCCGAUAAACCUAUAAAACGGUAUGAUCCUAAUUGGAAAGAUUUGGAUACACGCCCGUUACCUGAAUGGUACGAUAAAGCCAAGAUAGGAAUAUUUCUUCAUUGGGGAGUAUAUGCUGUACCGAGCUUUGGAUCGGAAUGGUUCUGGAGUAAUUGGCUAUCCGGCGAUAAUAAGACUGUUGCCUUUAUGGAAAAAAAUUACCCUCCGGGAUUUACUUAUCAAGAAUUUGCUCCAGAGUUUAAAGCAGAGUUCUUCGAACCUGAAGCCUGGGCAACUUUAUUUUCUAAAGCUGGUGCAAAGUAUAUAGUUCUUACGAGUAAACACCAUGAUGGAUUUACAUUAUUUCCUUCAAAAAGAUCGUUCAGCUGGAAUGCCAUGGAGGUUGGGCCAAAGCGUGACUUAGUGGGAGAUCUGGCAAAUGCUGUGCGUCAAAAAGAUUUAAAGUUUGGAGUCUACCAUUCAUUAUAUGAGUGGUAUAACCCAAUAUAUUUACAAGAUAAAGCUAAUUUAUUUUUAUCUCGAACAUACCCUGAAACAAAAUUGUGGCCAGAUUUGAAACAGAUUGUGCAAAAUUAUGAGCCUUCUGUGAUAUGGGCAGAUGGUGACUGGGAAGCUUUCGAUCCUUACUGGAAUUCAACAGAACUGCUUGCUUGGUUAUACAAUGAAAGUCCUGUAAAAGAUGAAAUUGUAGUAAAUGAUAGAUGGGGCAUUGGCAUUCCAUGUCACCAUGGAGACUUUUACAAUUGUGAGGAUAGAUAUAAUCCAGGAAAGCUACAAAACCACAAGUGGGAGAAUGCUUUCACAGUAGACACCAAGUCUUGGGGCUACCGUCGGAAUAUGAAACUGAGUGAAAUUCUCACAAUUAAUAAAUUACUGGAACAAGUAGUGAGUACGGUGAGCUGUGGAGGUAAUGCCCUGAUAAAUGUAGGUCCAACUAAAGAAGGUACGAUAGCACCUAUAUUCCAAGAGCGAUUGUUGGCUCUAGGUGAGUGGUUAUCAAUAAAUGGUGAAGCAAUAUAUGGCACUUCCCCAUGGAUACACCAGAAUGAUACAGUCAAUGGGAAUGUGUGGUAUACUUGUGUUAAAACAAAAUAUAAUGGUAGAAACCCGACAUCACGUCCAAGGCAAAGUGAUACAGUAACAGCAACAUAUGCGAUUUUCCUUGAAUGGCCUAAGAAUAAUAUAUUACAAGUGGGGGAUAUAGCGCCAUAUCUACAUACGGGCACUUAUGAUAUCAAAAUGCUUGGCGAUGAAGAGUCUUUGAAGUGGCAUUUAACAAAUGGCAAGGCUUUCAUACUCUUACCCGACAAAGCAACAGUGAAGUCGCAACAUGCCUGGACGCUUAAACUUACUCAAAAA